GACGUUAAGUACUGAAGAUUACAGACCUUACAGACGUUCGUAGGAAAUUUGAUAUCAGUCCAUUAAAUUAUCCCAGAGAGUAGUACACCAUAUGAGUCGAACAACUUUUACACGUGCAUUUAAUAUAAAUAACUGAAAUACAAAAUUGAGUUUAAAUUACAUGGGAGUUGAUUAAGUAUCGAAAAGUUUACUGUACAGUCAAAAUGGACCAGAAAUUGUUAUAUGCUUUUCGAGGUUGGAUUGCGUUUGUUGCUUUCAUGGACAUGGGGACAGCUGCCCGGUGUUAUAUAGAAAAACGUUCAUUUCUUGGCGAGCAUUCAUAUAAGAAAACUAUUGGACUUCAGUAUGAGGAUCCUACACUGCCAAGAAUAUUAGGAGUUUAUUCAAUUUUGAAAGCUGUUGCCUUAAUUCAUUGCACAUUAUAUAUACAUUAUAAACCAGUGAUCAGCUUGGGAAUCUGUUCCCUUGUUGUAACAAUUCUAAUGUACUGCUCUGAGGUGUUAUAUUUCUGCUCCACAACACUGUCUUUCUACGUGAUCUUCCCAUGUGUACUGAAUGCCUUGACACUGAUAGGAUUGAUCGUCUUACCCAAGAGAUUGAUAGAUGUUCCUAUAGUUGCUGAAGAGGAAAAUGCUGAACUGUUGAGGCAGGCAACAGCCUUCAAACGGAGAAGACCUAAAAAAGUCAACUAAUAUCAGGUGCCUACUGCCAUUUACAGUGCUAACUCUCACAUCAUUCACUACUUCAACAGAUCAUCAUCAGUGACUACUGUAAAAAGGCAAAACAAACUCAACAUAUUUUAUAAGAACUUCUAGAAGUGACCCUCCUUCUGCCUUCAAGACUGCUUCACAGCACGCAGACAAAAUUUGUGACACAUUCAUCCUUGGGAACUGAAGCAAUUAAUUAAACAUUCUCUUUUGUUCUGGACAGCUUUCUUGGUGCAAGGAUUAUUUUUGCACAGUCCUUCCUUUAGAGAUAAAAUCACAGUAACUACCAUCAGGAAAUCUAAAAGGGCAGAGCCCUCUGUUGAUUAUUCUGUUCUCAAACACCAUACCAUACUGGAAAGAACCAUACUCUUCAGCUGUAAAUUUUCUGAAGGAAUUCAAUACAUCACUCAUGCAGUGAUCUGAAUUCAGUUUCUGAAAAAGUAUCAGGCCAGUAAUUAGCCACACACUUGCACAUUUGCAGCACAUAACACUAAUAUUUCUAUACUAUGUAAUGACACUUGUUGAAUAGCAUGACAGUAUUCUUCCUUCCGUAUUCAUGCAAUUUGUGUGUCUAUGUUACCACCAAGGUACAGCCUCGUCAGUUAUGAACAGCAGCUGGGAAAACACCUUUAGCAGAAUGAUUUUUCUGUUUGAGCCAUGCCUCCAUUAUGCACAUUUUGCAGCAUACAGUUAUCUGACAAAGCAGAACCUUUAAUGACUGCUUAACUAAUCACAGUAUGUUUUUUGAACGUGCAAAUGACUCAGCAUCAUAUCGGCAAGUUACAGAUGAUCACAGGCAAAACAUCUACAUUUAUGGUGCUGCUAUGUUUCCUUCAUGCUUGAAUCCCCUGUUCUAUGUAAUUUAUUGUCUCACGCUGUAUUCAAUUUUAAAUAUUUGUAAUAAAAAUAAUUGAUUAAUGAGAACAUAAUGUUGAAACUUUGUGUUAUAGAAGAAUACUUCCUCUACUUCUGUUCUUGUCUUGCAUGUGUUUCAUUAUGAAUAUUACCACAUUUAAUACUGGAAUAAAAUCUGUGUUAGAACCUAAUUAAUUAACCUGCUGGCUUGAUUUUCAUCAGUGUAGUCACAGAAUGCUGAAAUAUAUGUGCAUUU